CUCUCAUCUUCCUCACAGAGUUGUUCUUAAACACUGUUUACAGUUAAGUACGGAUUAGUAUUUCAUGUCCCAAACAUUGAAAACGGAUCUGGCCCUUCUCCCAUCGUUCUUUCCUCGCAACUUCUAAAGGUUUUGGUGCUUCAAGCUCAUAAAAACAAAUAUCGCAUAUAUUUGUCGUAUCUCUAAACACUUUACGUUACUUUUAACAUAGGAGGGAGAUAGAGAUAGAGAUAGAGAUAGAGUGAGAGGGUGCUUGGAUGGGACGUUCACCGUGAUCUUAGUAUGCGUUAUAACUUUAGUUAUUAGUGUUUGAAAUUUGAAGUGUCAAAGACCUCCUGAGGGUGUCAACUCUUUCCUGCCAUGACUUUCGGUUCAAAAUUCUCUUUUGGCACGUAAGAACACAAAGGUUGAAGACUUUUGGAAGCCCACAGCCGUAGUCAUUUUUAGUCCUUCUGCAACAUGUACUAUUCCUAUUAGAUUUCCUGAAACAGUGUCAGAUACUCUAUUAAAUGCAAGAAACCAAACUCCAACCUCCACAGAGAGAGAGAGAGAGAGGUCAGUGUAGAACUAGAGAGAUAUGCUAGCCGGAAAAUGCUCCCGGUGAAUUACUUAAAGGGAACAUAAAAGCUAGCUGCUGAGCUUCUGCAUCUUUGUGACGAAGCAGCAACCAGCACACAGUCCAAGUCGAUCGUACGCAGAGAGUUUUAGAAAUGUUUCAGCCAAACAUUUUCGAUGCUGAUCACCAUCACAUGCUGGAUAUGGCCCCUAAUUCCCCCGAAAAUGAAUUUGGAAAGAUCAUUAGAGAAGACGAUUUCGAGGCUAGAUCAGGCGCCGAAACCACUUUGGAAGCUCCCUCCGGUGAAGACCAAGACCCCAAUCAACGCUCCAAAAGGAAGCGCUACCAUCGCCAUACCCAGAGUCAAAUCCAGGAAAUGGAAGCAUUCUUCAAGGAGUGCCCUCACCCAGAUGACAAGCAAAGGAAAGAACUGAGCCGUCAUCUAGGGCUAGAGCCUCUACAAGUCAAAUUUUGGUUCCAAAAUAAGCGAACGCAAAUGAAGGCCCAACAUGAGCGCCAUGAGAAUGCAAUUUUGAAGGCAGAAAACGAAAAGCUUCGUGCAGAGAACACGAGGUUCAAGGAAGCCCUGGGGAAUGCAUCAUGCCCCAACUGUGGAGGUCCAGCAGCUCUUGGUGAGAUGUCUUUCGACGAACAGCAUUUGAGGAUCGAGAAUGUUCGUUUAAGAGAAGAGAUUGAUAGGCUAUCUGGGAUUGCGGCUAAAUAUGUUGGCAAGCCUUUGUCUUCGUAUUCUCAGCUUUCGACUCAUGUGCCUUCCCGCUCCCUUGAUCUUGGGGCUGGGAACUUUGGCGCACAGUCAGGAUUUGUAGGGGAGAUGUAUGGAGGGUCGAAUGAUCUCCUCAGGUCAAUUUCAGGGCCUACAGAGGCUGAUAAGCCAUUGAUUGUUGAGCUCGCGGUGGCAGCAAUGGAAGAACUGAUAAGGAUGGCUCAGGGUGGAGAGCCUUUAUGGGUUUCCUGUGACAACUCUGCUGAGAUACUGAAUGAAGAAGAAUACUUGAGGACUUUCCCUAGGGGUAUAGGCCCCAAACCAUUGGGGUUAAAAUCAGAAGCUUCAAGGGAAUCUGUGGUAGUUAUUAUGAAUCACAUGAACCUUGUUGAGAUUCUCAUGGACGUGAAACGAUGGUCAAGUGUGUUUUGUGGUAUUGUUUCAAGAGCAAUGACUUUAGAUGUGCUAUCAACCGGAGUGGCAGGGAACUAUAAUGGAGCCUUGCAAGUGAUGACAGCUGAGUUCCAAGUCCCUUCACCGCUUUUUCCAACUCGUGAAAAUUACUUUGUAAGGUAUUGUAAACAGCAUGUCGAUGGGACUUGGGCAGUUGUUGAUGUUUCCUUGGACAAUUUACGCCCUGGUAUGAUUUCAAGGAGUCGACGAAGGCCAUCAGGUUGUUUGAUCCAAGAAUUGCCAAAUGGUUACUCAAAAGUUGUAUGGGUCGAACAUGUAGAAGUAGAUGACAGAGCUGUCCAGAGUAUGUACAGACCAUUGCUGAAUUCAGGUCUAGCUUUUGGAGCAAAACGUUGGGUGGCUACAUUAGAUCGUCAAUGUGAACGUCUUGCAAGUUCAAUGGCCAGUAACAUUCCAGCAGGAGAUCUAUGUGUGAUAACAAGCACAGAAGGGAGGAAGAGUAUGUUGAAGCUCGCAGAAAGAAUGGUGAUGAGCUUUUGUACUGGUGUGGGUGCUUCUACUGCUCACGCAUGGACAACAUUAUCAGCAACAGGUUCGGAUGAUGUAAGGGUUAUGACCAGAAAGAGUAUGGAUGAUCCAGGCAGGCCACCGGGUAUUGUGCUAAGUGCUGCAACUUCCUUCUGGAUUCCAGUUCCAGCAAAAAGGAUUUUCGAUUUCCUUCGCGAUGAGAACUCUCGACGUGAGUGGGAUAUCCUUUCGAAUGGUGGCCUAGUUCAAGAAAUGGCACACAUAGCCAAUGGUCGCGACCCAGGCAACUGUGUCUCUUUGCUGCGAGUAAACAGUGCGAAUUCAAGUCAGAGCAAUAUGCUGAUACUACAAGAGAGUUGCACUGAUUCUAUCGGCUCAUACGUAAUUUAUGCACCAGUUGAUAUCGUUGCAAUGAAUGUGGUUUUAAGCGGCGGGGAUCCAGAUUAUGUUGCUCUUCUACCAUCUGGUUUUGCUAUACUGCCUGAUGGGCCUGGCCUCAAUGGUGGGGGCAUUCAUGAGGUGGGAUCUUGUGGCUCUCUAUUGACAGUAGCAUUUCAGAUCUUAGUUGAUUCAGUCCCAUCGGCAAAACUCUCUCUUGGAUCAGUGGCUACAGUAAACAGUCUUAUAAAGUGCACGGUUGAAAAGAUCAAGUCUGCACUAAUGUGUGAGAGUUCAUAAUUCAGAAGACUUAUUUAUGCAAGAAGAUCAAAAGAAGAGAAAAUUCCAAAACAGAGCAAAGAAGUCAAGAACGCACCUUAUAAUAUCCUUUCCUCGUGGUGUUUGUUAGGGGCAGGGAAAGCUAGAAAAGAGCAAAUCACCACUCUGAAAGGGUAAUAGGUUCGGGUAUUGACUUCACCUUACGAAGACGAAAGUAAAACCAGACGUUGUUAAUGUUGUUGCCUAGCCUGUAGUAGUAGUAAUCCGAUCCCCAUUGAUCAGCUUUUGUUAAUUUCCUGUUAGGCUUAUGAUCGAUUAGGUACUGUUCUUCUUGUAGUGGUUAUCUUAAAAUUCCCAAUCUUUUUCAAACUAUCAUGGUGCGUGACGUCUUGAAAGAAGUAUUAGUAGCUAGCUAGCUCAGUCCCCAACAAAUAUUGGUUUUUUCUU